ACAUGGCUUGUGCCGCGUUGGGUUGUGAACCAGAUGGGGUUUGCGUGAUUAGUACCAAUGGAGUUCGCUCUUGCAAAUGGAACUCACCCUGUGGCACAUGCCCCACUGGAGCCACUUGCAAGACUGUCCACACAUCUUUUAUUGAAGAGGCUGACGUGCCAUACUGCGAGUGCCCUAAGGGCUUUGGGAUGACCGCAACAGAAUGCAAGGAGGGGGCACCUGACCAAGUGGUCGCCAGCAGUAUCACACUCAUCCAGGACCGUAGUGCCAGCGGCACGGCGUCCAAGCCCUACACCUUCCGCUUAAAAAGUGGAUGCAAUCAAUACCCAAAGGAGGUGGCUGGGAACUACAAGACUUUGUACGCACUGGAGAACAUCGGUGGUACUAAGGGAUGUGCUAGCGUCGAGCUAUACACUGAUGAUUAUUGCAUCUGGGGAAUACGGACUUGUCGGGCAACAACCGGUGAUUCUAUGGCUGCGAGAGCAAAUAC